AUGAGAGCACUUCUGCUCUUUCUCGGUAUUGGUACCGUGGUCACUUCACACCCAACGGCGGAACCACUCGUGAUUCGAGAGGAGGUCCAGCCAGCAAAUUUUGCCAAAGUUGCCAUUGCUUUGCAACCAGAUGGUCGCGAACUCCUCGAGCAGACUCUCCAUCAAGUAUCUGACCCCUCAAGCCAGAAAUACGGGAAGUAUCUUAGCCAAGAAGAAGCCAAAGCUCUGCUCCGUCCCCGACAAGUCUCUACCGAUACCGUCAAGGGAUGGCUGCUGAAGGCUGGUAUUGCUGCUGCUGAUAUUGUGAGCGAUGGGCAAUUCAUUCACGCCGAGAUCAAGGUUGAACAGGCUCAAUCUCUGUUGGGCUCUGGCUAUAACUCGACUCUGGGUUCACAGACGAUACCGGUUUCUUCUCUGCCAGAGGACGUUGGAACCCAUGUCACGACCAUCCAGUAUGCCCCGAUACCUGUAUCAGCGACAUAUCCCAUCGACAAUUUACCUGUCGCAGGCCCGGACCCCAAGCAGAACGAGAUAGAGAUUCCCGUUGAUUUGGCGGCAUGCAAUUCGACAAUCACCCCCGGCUGCUUGAGAAAGUUGUAUCAUGUCGGUGAUUAUCGUGCGCAGCCUGCGACAAGCAGUCUCUUUGGCAUAGUCGGUUUCGUAGGACAAUCGGCUCAGUUUGAUCAAAUCACCAAAUUUCUAAACGACUAUGCACCCUAUGCAGCCAACGCCAGCUUCUCCGUCGAAUCUGUCAACGGAGGGUUAAACCAUCAGGGAAACGAUACCUCGCAAGGGGAGGCAAACGCGGACAUGGAGUACGCUAUUUCGCUGGGAUACAACAUACCGGUACGCUUUUACGCAACUGGCGGUGAUAACCACGACAUUGUUCCGGACCUGGACCUGAAUGAUACAAAGAGCGAAUCGCUCGAGCCAUAUCUCGAAUUCGCCCGCCACCUCCUGGAUCUCGACGACGACCAGCUACCCAGCGUGGUAUCCAUCUCUUACGGCGCCAACGAGCAACUUUUCCCCAAGGCGUACGCCCAGCAAGUCUGUGACAUUUUUGGACAGCUUGGCACCCGUGGCGUCUCCAUUGUCGUAUCUUCUGGCGACAUCGGCCCCGGCAUGUCAUGCCAGUCGAAUGAUGGCACGAAAAAGCAAAAGUUUAUGCCAUCGUUUCCUGCAACGUGCCCCUAUGUGACGAGUGUAGGGGGCACUUACGAGAUCAGCCCCGAAAUAGCAGCUAAUUUCUCGUCGGGUGGCUUUUCCGAUUAUUUCGAUCGCCCGAAAUGGCAGGAUGAGACUGUUGGGAAAUACCUCGAGUUGCAUGGAGAGGAGUGGAAGGACUACUACAAUCCUACUGGGAGAGGAUUCCCAGAUGUGGCGGCCCAGGGAGUAAACUUCCAAUCUUGGAGUCAUGGAAAUGAGAGCUCAUUCACCGGAACAAGUGUGUCUGCGCCGGCAUUUGCAGCUCUCAUCGCCCUGCUCAAUGAUCAUCGACACGGGGAAGGGCGGCCUUCUAUGGGAUUCUUGAACCCCUGGAUCUACAGUAUUGGUAAUGAUGCAUUUACAGACAUUACGGAGUCCAAGUCAGUUGGCUGCGACGGCAUCAGCAUGUCAGGUGCUGCAUCGCCUGUGAUACUCAAUGCAGGCUGGAGCGCCGUACCGGGUUGGGAUCCAGUGACGGGAUUGGGUACGCCGUUGUUUGACAAAUUACUGAAUCUGUCAUGCGUGUAA